AUGAUGAUGACGUGCCGUCUGCUGUGCGCCCUGUUGGUGCUUGCCCUGUGCUGCUGCUGCCCGUCCGUGUGCGUUGCAGAUGUUCAGCCUGAACCUGAUGUUAAAGGCGAUACAAAAGACCCCUAUUCGGUUACUCAGUCACAGGGAACAGGUGUUUCAGGGGCAACAAAUACUUCCACGACGUCAAGUUCAGCAGCUGCGGCCGUUGCAUCAUCGGGAAAAAGUGGAAAGUCCGAUGCGAAAGGGGCUCCAGGUGCGGAAAAAGCUCUGCCAGGAAAUCCAAGUGGGGCGACCGCUCUUGCAGGAAGUUCAGGUUCAACAAGUCCGGUGUCUAUUACAAAAGAGAGUUCAGGUGGGUCCGGCAGUUCAGGGAGUCCAGUUCUGGUGGCCGAUACGGUACAGAAAAAUGGCGAAAACGAUACGAGAGAGUCAAAAAGUGGCAAUAAUCCAUCCACAGACCAUGUGAAUACGAAUGCCGACGAUUCGGCCAAGAAGACCACGGCGGCUACUACCACUACUACGACAACCACGACGACCACCACUACAACACAGGCACCAAGUACUACGACUACUGAGGCGCCAGCUGUGUCGACCACCCGCGCACCGUCACGUCUUCGCGAAAUCGACGGCAGCCUCAGCAGCUCUGCGUGGGUGUGUGCCCCGCUGCUGCUCGCCGCAUCCGCGCUGGCGUACACCACUGUGGGCUGA